CGCAGGACCGUUUUGCUUGAUGGUGGUGGACGGGCGAGGAUGGAGUUCCUGGGGACCACGCAGACGGCCAGUUACUGUGUCCCCAAGGAGACAUGCUGCCUGAGCGUGCUGCCCCCGGCCUUGCCGGCCCCGGCCACCCGCGAGUGCUGCCAGCCCUUCUCGCUGCCCGGCUGCCGCCUGCCCAGCUCCUGGCGGCCCAGCCUGCUGUGCCGGGUGCCCGGGGCUCAGACCUGCCCGGCGCCCGCCCAGUGCCGCAGCUCCCUGCGGCCGCCCACGGUGCUGCCCGCCCUGCGCACCAAGCUCUUCUGCCGCUACAGCCCGCGAGACUGGGAGCGUGCCAGCCAGCGGCAGGUGAGGGGCGCCGAGGCCUCCCGGCUGUGGGCCGGCCGGCUGCUGGGCGACACGGCCCGCCUCAUGCAGGACAAGGACCAGCUGACCCGCCAGAUGCAGGAGGGCUCCAGCCGGAACCUGGGCCAGAGGCUGGCGGACAUCGGCUUCUGGAAGGCCGAGCUGGGCUACGAGCUGGAACGGCUGCUCAAGGAGAACCUGGGCCUGGACGGGCUCCGGCAGCGGCUGGAGUGUGCGGCCGCCGAGCUGGACUGCCCGCUGCAGGUGGCCCUGGAGUGUCUGUACCAGCGAGAAAAGCGCAUUGGGGUGGACCUGGUGCACGACAAUGUGGAGAAGAACCUCAUCAGGGAGGUGGACUUGCUGAAGUGCUGUCAGGACCAGAUGCGGCAGCUGGCGCAGAGGCUCGCUGCACAGAUGCGGGAUAACCGCGAUGCCCAGCAAUCUCUGGAGAGGGACCUCGAGGACAAGAGCACGGCCCAGUUCAUUGAUGAGAAGUGCUUCAACCUGAGGAACACGUCGGACUGCAUCAGCUUCUUCUGCGGCGUGGAGAAAGUGGACGGCACGGUCUCGGUGCCCGAGACGUGGGCCAAGUUCAGCAAUGACAACAUCAGGCACUCGCAGAACAUGCGGGCCGACUCCAUCCGGCUGCGUGAGGAGGCCGAGAACCUCUCUGAGACGCUGUCGGACCAGAUGUGGAAGCAGUUCACCAACACCAACCUGGCCUUCAGCGCCCGCAUUGCCGAGGUGAUGGACGUGAAGAACAAGCUGCAGACGGAGCUGGCCAAGACGCUGCAGGAGAUCCUGCAGGCAGAGAGCACGCAGCUGCUGCUCCAGCGCUGCAUCCUGGCCAAGGAGAGCCCGCUCAAGGUGGCCCAGACGCGGCUGCAGUGCCGCACGCAGCGCCCCGACGUGGAGCUGUGCCGUGACGCCCCACAGUUCCACCUGGUGAACGAGGUGCACACCAUCGACGACACGCUGCAGACGCUGCGGCUGCGGCUGCGGGAGACGCAGGACACGCUGCAGCUGCUGGGCAUGACGCGCUCGCGGCUGGAGCACGAGCUGGCCGUGAAGGCGCGCACGCUGUGCAUCGACCGCGACACCUGCAUGGCCAUGCGCGCCGCCUUCCCCAGCACCCCGCGCCUGCUGGGCUACGUCUAGGCGGCCAAUAAAGCCUGGCCACGC